AUGCCUUCGAAAGGUAAAAGUUAUUUCCAUUUGUCCAAGAACCAUAAAGAUGGGAGUAAUAAAGGCAACGAGGAGCCCCCAGCUCCCACUUAUGGGAUAUUUGAAGAAGCGCAGGUUUGGAACCCUAUACAAGACAAGGGGCUGGUACCACAGAAGAGUACGCUUGAAAGAGAACGAAUUCAAUCCCUAAAAAAAGAAAGGGGAAGGGGAAAUAUGAAUGUGGAUUCAAGAAUAAAUGCCCUCACAAUACAUGAAGUAAAGGAUGGGAAAUCAACCAAUGUGUGGGAACAUCCAUGGAUACCUUCUCUUCCAGGAUUUAAACCUUCAACCCUACAAGCAAACUCUAGAAUCAAAUUGGUAGAGGACCUGCUUGAUAGUACUGGCAGAAGAUGGAACAUUGAGCUUCUUAAGGAGACAUUCAGUGAGAAUGAGAUUGAAGCCAUCUUAGCUAUCAAGAGCUUGGAACCUACAGAAAAAGAUAGGGUUUGUUGGGACUGGAACUCCAAAGGGGAUUUUACAGUGGCUUCCACAUACCAUAAACUCAUUCAUCUAAAAUGGAGUCACAUGGAUAACCCUGAGAGUAGCUGGGAGCACCUAACUGCUAAGAGAGUGAGAAAAAGAAGUUGGGGUUUGACAGUUAAAGUUGCCUUGGGUUCAGAUGCUAUUGCUCUGCCGGGCUGCUAG